UAAAAAUAUAUAGUGUCAUGUUCUGUAUCUGUGUUUUAGCUUUUAGUGUUUUAAUUUCAAAAUAAAUGAAAUAAAAGAAUGAAAGUAUUUGAUUUCACAAAAUUAUUAAUGCUUAUUAAAAAAAAAUAAACAGUUAAAUAAAUUCUGUGGAAAUGGUGAGCUGUGUCGUUGUUAGGUGCAGAAAUUGUUCGGGGAAAAUAUCAAAAAAUAAGGACGGAAUUACAUUUCACAGAUUUCCGCGGGAUAAAGUGAGAAAAAAAAAAUGGGAAAUUGCUGUCAAUCGCGAACUAGGCUGGAGGUCGUCUGCAUCAAGUACAGUAUGCUCUGAACAUUUUGACGCCAAAGAUUUUUACUUGACAGAGAGUGGAUUACGGAAACUUUCACAAGAUGCCAUACCUUCUAUUAAUAUAUCAGCAUGUCAAGACUAUGAACCUACUAUAUCCGACUCUGACACAGUGGUGAUAAACCCAAAUGAUUCAGAGGAAGUUGUACAACUGAAAUGUAAAGUCCGUAGGCUGGAAGAGCUCGCUGAAAUGCGGAAAAGAAAGUUGAAUCUCAUGUGGCAGGGGAAAAAGAGACUCAGAAAGAAAUUUGCACAAAUGAAAUAUCUUUUAAAACAUAUGAUUAGAUAUGAUCAAUAUAAAGAAGAACAGAGUAAUUCACAGACUUGAGAAAAUGACAAUUUAACUCUAUGACAAAGAGCAGGGGGUGGCAACAUAUGGUUAUUUAGUAUUGCUAUAAAAAAAAGAUAUCUCUGACUCCCUAUAAACCUUAGUGCUAAUUUUGAGUCACUGCGCCUUGUAGUAAAGAAAAGGUUGCCAAUUCCUGGCAUAUGAAGUUGCAGACUUAACAUUGUCUACUUGUAAAUACUUAAAAUUAAAAAAAAAUGUAUCCUGUUUUUUUAAUUGUUAUUGCUUAUACUUAAUAAAUGUUAAGUAGUCAUUAUAUACUAAGACAUUCUUAAAUAAUAUUUAUUGGUUUACCUCUAUUUAACUUUGGUGUUGCAAACUUAAAAAAAA